CGGGGCUGGGGGCGGCGCUCAGGUCAGCCUGCCCGGGCUGGUUCUUCCCUGUGGCGGCAGCUCCGCCCCCUCCGAAUUCCACUCGGCCUCCGAGGCCUCUUGGCUGCCGAGUUCCCCUGGGUCCCGCUCUGGUUUGGACCCCCCGGCUCUGCGCGCGAGGGGCGGCGGGCAUUGCAGCCCCAGCCCACCAGCCGAACUCCGGGCACCAGGUUGGGCGGCGGUGUGACCCGGGGCGGGAAGGCUAGGUCGCACGGGCCGGUACCACUGGCUGCGAGGGGAAGGGGUCUGGGCAACCGGCCAGCGCGGGUCGAGGGACUCAGGCGGUGCUGCGGCCCCUGGGCUCCGGCCAGGUGGUGACUCUUUCUGGGCAGAGGCUGUUUCCGUUGGACUCGCUGCCAACUGGGGUGGCGGUUCCAGGAAGCGGCCCCGCCUUGCCCUCCCCACCUGGCUCAGGGCUCAGGAAUGGUGCACCCCGGAAACUCCACCAGACCUGCCCCGGCCUGGGGGCGGGGAGCUGGGCGCUUUGUCCCGCCGAGCUGAAGUCCCUACUGCUCAGGUGAGCCCCCACUGCGAGGGCCCCACAGCCUUCUGCACUCCUUGUGGAGGAGAGGUGCAUGGGGAGUCUGUUGGAAAAAGGGAGUCCGGCUCCAGGGUGAGGAUGGAGGCACCUCGUCUUCACUUCCCACGACUUUCCCAUCUGAGGACGAGUGGAGGUCCAGCUCUGACCCUCUCUAGGCCGAUUUCACACCUGGGCUCCCGCUGGAGGGAGGAGCCCGGGGAGGCGUUGACCUCAGGCCCUGUCUGGGUCCUGUGGUUCUCCCCCCUUUCUAAAUUGAGUUCCCUGGGGGUGAGUGAGGGGAGAUCUGGAGGACCGAGGGCGCCACAGUCCUGCUGGGGUAGAGCCUUGAGAGUUGCUUUGUGGUUGGGAGCGUGUUACCCCCACCCCACCGCCAUGGGGUGAAUAGACUGGGGCUGGAGCCCCAGACAAGGCCCCUCUGGUUCCAGUUGUGUCAGCGACUGUGUCAGUGAUGGUGACACAAAGCUGGGACAAAGGGAUCCUGUUUAAGGCUUGGCCCUACUCCCUCCAGCUGGCUGCCCUAGGGUGAUGGAAUGUGAGGGCAUCAGUCUCCUGAGAACUGGAGGACCUGGGAGCCCCUGGGAGCCCCUUGGAGCCCCUUGGAGCCCCUUGGAGCCCCUGCAGGGUGGCCUGGAGUGGCCUGUUCUCUUUGUUGCUUCCCCUGGGCCUGGGAGUGCAGACCCAGCGGCUGGUUUCCUGCUAGAGGAAGUGUUUGAGGUCACAGAGCAGCACAGGGAAGGCCUCCCAGCUGCCUUGACCUUUCUCCUCAAGUGGGAUGUGUCUCAGCGCCAGAACCCUGGGAAUGGAGGGCCUGGGAGGGGCUGUGUCCACAGGCACUCUACCCUUCCCCAUUUCUCAGGGACUGGCCAAUAUCCAGGAAACAGAUGGGGCACGGCAUCUCCCCUCCCUUCCCUUUUCCCCUCUGCCUAGCAUCCUGGGCAGUGGAAGGUCUCUCCCUUCAGUCCAUUCUGACAUGGGACCACUCACCUGACCGCAUGUUCAACUGUGGUUGAGGUGGGAUGGGGGAUCAGGCGGCCUGGGCUGUGAGUGGUACCGCCCUGGUUCCCAGGGAAGUGGGUGGCUUGGACGUGUGCCAGGCAUUGAAGGCCAACUUUGACUGAAGGCUCCUUGUCUCAGCAGAUGGGCAGCAGGCGGCUCUGGAGGUGGCAUACAGGCUCUGAGCUGCCCUAGGUCUGCAGACUGGCUGGGUGUGGGCUCCAGAUAUGGCCCAGCCACUGUCCUUCUUCCUCGAUGUCCCUGAGACCCCAGGGGACCAGGACCAGGAGCCCAGUCCCUAUGAUGAGAGUGAAGUGCACGACUCCUUCCACCAGCUCAUCCAAGAGCAGAGCCAGUGGGUGACCGAGGAGGGGCUAGAGCUGCAGCCGAGAGAGCAGGAGACCCCAGGCAGUGGCCAUGAGACCUUCCUGGGGCCCGAGAGUGCCCCUGUCCACAGCACAGCCACACUGCGCAUCUUGGCCAGCAUGCCUAGUCGUACGAUUGGCCGCAGCCGCGGAGCCAUCAUCUCCCAGUACUACAGCCGCACAAUGAGGCUUCGACGCAGGAGUGGCCGGCCCCUGCUGGGGGACGUGGUGGCACGCUCAGCCCGGCCCAGCCUCCGCCUCUAUGACCUGGAACUGGACCCCAUGGCCCAGGAGGAGGAAGAGAAGCAGAACCUUCUUGUGAAGGAGCUUCAGGGCCUGUCAGCCGCCCAGCGUGACCACAUGCUCCGGGGAAUGCCCUUGAGCCUGGCAGAGAAGCGCAGCCUGAGGGAGAAGAGCCAGACCUCCCAUAGGAAGUGGAAGGGCCAGUCCAGCCGUGUUGGGGUCUUCUCCUGCUGUAGCCGGCUUGGAUAUGCCUGCAUCCUGACCUCACGCAGCCUGGGGCUCACGCUGCUGUCGGGCCUGCAGGCCCUGACCCCUUGGCACUACACCCUGAAGCGCAUUGGGGGCCAGUUUGGAUCCAGCGUGCUCUCCUACUUCCUCUUCCUCAAGACCCUGGUGGCCUUCAAUGGCCUCCUGCUGCUGCCCCUGCUGGCCUUUGUGGUGGGCGUGCAGGCUGCCUUCCCACCGGACCCCGGUCCUGGUUCCGGCCCUGCCUGCACAGGCCUGGAGCUUCUCACAGGCGCGGGCUGCUUCACCAACACCGUCAUGUACUAUGGCUACUACAGUAAUGCCACGGUGGGCUGGCCAUGCGACCACCCCCUGGAAGGUGGCCCGUGCAGACCCAGGGCAGGUGGCCUGUCCUACCACAUGCCCCUGGCCUACCUCUUCACUCUGGGGGUGGCCUUCUUCGUCACCUGCAUCACCCUGGUGUACAGCAUGGCCCACGCAUUUGGGGAGAGCUACCGGGUGGGCAGCACCUCUGGCGUCCAUGCCCUCACUGUUUUCUGCUCCUGGGACUACAAGGUGACUCAGAAACGGGCUGUGCGCCUCCAACACGGGAACAUCCGUACCCGGCUGAAGGUGAGCACCUGGGGAACCUGGGCUGUGCCAUCUGGGACCCCAGAUUGGGAGCCCCCAGGCCACAUGGCCAGACACCUGUGUUGGAGGCUGCAGCAGGCGGCCGUGCUGGGGCUGGUGUGGCUGCUGUGUCUGGGGACCGUGCUAGGCUGUGCUGUGGCUGUCUACACCUUCUCAGAGCUGGUGAUCCAGGGCCCUGUGGCUGCUGGCCAGGAGGUGACGCUGCUGGCGCUGCCCCUGGUGGUCUGCCUCCUCAACCUGAUGGCCCCCUACCUGUACCGGGGCCUGGCCACCCUGGAGCCCCACGAUUCCCCGGUGCUGGAGGUGUAUGUGGCUAUCUGCAGGAACCUCAUCCUUAAGACGGUCAUCAUGGGGGUACUUUGCUACCACUGGCUGGGCCGCAGGGUGGGCGCCCUGCAGGACCGCUGCUGGGAGGACUUCGUGGGCCAGGAGCUGUACCGCUUCAUGGUGGUAGACUUCCUCUUUGCGCUGCUGGACACGCUCUUCGGGGAGCUGGUGUGGAGGGUUAUCUCUGAGAAGAAGAUGAGGAGGAAGCGGAAGCCUGAAUUUGAUAUUGCCCGGAACGUCCUGGAGCUGAUUUACGGGCAGACUCUGACCUGGCUGGGUGUCCUCUUCUCGCCCCUCCUCCCGGCUGUGCAGAUGGUCAAGCUAUUGCUUCUUUUCUACGUAAAGAAGACUAGCCUGCUGGCCAACUGCCAGGCACCACGCAGGCCCUGGCUGGCCUCCCACAUGAGCACCGUCUUCCUCUCUCUGCUCUGCUUCCCUUCCUUCCUGGGUGCCGCCGUCUUCCUCUGCUAUGCAGUUUGGCAGGUGAAGCCCUCGAGCCUGUGCGGCCCCUUCCGGAGCCUGGACAGCAUGUACGAGGCAGGCCUGAUGUGGGUGCACCGCCUGGAGGAGGCAGGCCCCGGGCUGUCCUGGCUGCCCUGGGUGCACAGGCACCUGCUGGAGAACACCUUCUUCAUCUUCCUGCUGUCCGCCCUGCUGCUGGCCGUGAUCUACUUCAACAUCCAGGUGGUGAGGGGCCAGCAGAAGGUCAUCGGCCUGCUCAAGGAGCAGAUCAGCCACGAGGGAGAGGACAAAAUCUUCUUAAUCAACAAGCUUCACUCCGUCUACGAGAGGAAGGAGAGGAGUAGGUGUACGGGGCACUUGGGGAAGGAAGAAAGUUGAAGUUUGGUGAGGGAGGAGGAAAUGGAAAGGAAAGCUGCCCUCAGCUGCCUGUGCCACUCCCCUUGUAAGUCGCAUGGUGCCAGCCGGCUGGGCCUCCUCCUUGUGGGUCUGUGCCCUGUUACUGGGGUAGAGCCCAGUGUCCAUUCCUUGGCCUUCACAGCGUUCACCUGUUGCCUGUGGUCAGACCUAGGAAGGGAAAAUGGUGGAGAUGCAAACUCAUGAUCAAAAGCGUUCCGUUAUGGGAGGGUCUGUCUUUGUGCAACGCUGACCGCAGGAGCUGGGGUAGACAGACAGACUGUGAACACAUGCAUGGGUGUGCACAUGGAGGCCUGUUUCUUCCCCCUUCUUCAUCACCCCCCACCUUCAGUCUGGGGGUUGCCCAGGCUGAGGCUGGCCCCUCAGGGAGCCUGAGCUAGACUCUUGCUGGCCUGAGGCUGUGGCCACCAGGGCUCCUCGCCUGGGCAGCAGCACCCACAGAGCAGCCAUCUUAAGUGUCACAGAAUAAGACUCACAGAACAAGCCGUGAGGACCCUCAGGCCAGGGUGCUGCCUCAUCCUUUGGGGCUCAUGGAGACUCUGCCAGGGGCUGGCCUCAGUUUUCUCAUGUGGAGGAGGGAUUGGCUUCCCCACAUCUGGCUGUUGUGUGUGAGGCCCUGAGCUCGUGACAGACCUGGACUGAGAUGUCGCCUAGAUGCACUAGCUGCCACUGGGCUGCACUGUGUGACAUUCCUGGAACCUGCCUCACUUCAUGAGGUCCAGCACCGCGUGUUAGCAAGUACAUCAGCAGCGAGUCCCACAGCAUCCUCACUCGGCCUUAGCUCUCUAGAGCUUUCCCAGCGGUUCUCAACCUGUGGGUGACCUUUGGGGGUCACGUAACAUUAGAUAUUUAUAUUAUGAUUCGUAACAGUAGCAAAAUUACAGUUAUAAAGUAGCAACAAAAAUAAUUUUAUGGUUGGGGGGGUCACCACAACAUGAGGAACUGUAUUAAAGGGUCAUGGCAUUAUGAAGGUUGAGAACCACUGUUUUAGAUAGAGGCUGCUGGGUAUUGACCUGUCCCUGGCUGGACUGGCCACAGAGAGGUCCGGCUCUGCCCAGCCUGGCUGGAGGGAUGCCAGUGUUUGUUGGUAUCCUUGUUGACGCCCCCUUCUGGCAGGGCUGGUAGAACCCAGGAGACCACCCCUCCCCUGGAUGAAGGGGAAGGAGAAGCCUGGUGGGACAGCAGCGGGCCUGGCAUGCUCACCUGGCACCCUGGGUAGCUCACUGCCCCAUGGCACAGACUCCAACCUGAGACCACGCUGGCCCCUCAGUAACCUUGCGAGGACACCAGGAUGACAAAGUGACUCUGCUUCUCCUUUGCAAAGCUGGAGCCCACCCAGACUGGAGCUGGAAGUGGGAGAAGUGGGGCUUGGGUGCCCCAGUGGACCCUGCCCUACCCUGCCUCUAUUUGUUCUGAUUAAAUAGUUUUUGCAAAAUGGG